GUCCGCACCGAGUGCCGGUCGCAUUUCACGGCAAUAAAUAAAUAAAUCAGCUCUGUCCGAGUGGGAGAUAUACAACUCUGAUCAGCUUGCAACAAGUUCAUGAGGGCCACUCAUCCUCGCACCACGCUCCUACUAGUCCUCCGUCGGCUUUUCGGCAUGUAUUAAAGUGUUUACCGUGAUCGGUCAAAACGUUCAGUUUCCAGUCGACCGUCGGCGGUUGAUGGUUGAGCGACGCUGAACAAAACAACAACUAACAAGUUAAUUUGCCAUAUUCCGAAGAAAAGGUGUAAGCACAAAAAUGCGUGGUGUAUUUGUGUUAGCACUUUUGCCGCUUGUAUUGGCAUCUCCACUAUCGCCAAUUAGUCCACCAUCAUCAACAGAAACAUUGGUUGUAGUUACGGAUACGGUACCAACCACAGAAACAAAUGAAGGCACUACACUCAGAGAGCUGGGAAAAGUUGCGUCUCCAGUCAUCAAAGAGAUGGAUAUCAUGUCUAACGUCACCAACCGCUUCUCUUCUACUCUCGUUAAGAGCAAAGUGAAGAACGAGGCUCCCAUCGCACAAGAAGUUACCUUUUUUAUCGUUCUUCCUGAUCAAGCUUUUAUUUCCGGAUUUAUCAUGGAAAUUGGUGGAAAAAAUUAUACCGCUUACGUUGAUGAAAAAGAAAAGGCUAAACAAACUUACGACGACGCCGUUCUUUCUGGUAUUGGUGCUGCUCACGUUGCAGUAUCCGCACGUGAUUCAAACAAAUUCACCGUAAGUGUGAAUGUUGAGCCGGAGAGUAAAGCCGUGUUUUAUCUCAACUACGAAGAGCUUCUUGAUCGUAAAGAUGGCCGCUACGAACUUGUUCUCAACAUUCAUCCGAACCAAUUAGUGAAGCAUAUGAAUGUACAAGUCGAUAUUAUGGAGUCGCGCCCAAUUACCUCUAUUAAGACGCCGCCGUUACGCUCGGGCAAUGAAAUUAUUAAAGAAAAUCCUAAGCUAGAUCCUAAAGCAACCAUUGAACACCCCACACCGGAAACAGCUAGGGUUACCUUUAAACCUGAUUAUAAUCAGCAGAAAGAAAUUGCACAGGGCUUAGGCAAGGAAGAAAACGAAGGUAUUGGUGGCCAGUUUGUGGUGCAAUAUGACGUCGAGCGUGAUCCACAGGGUGGCGAGGUUCUAGUAAAGGAUGGUUACUUUGUUCACUUUUUUGCUCCCUCAGAUUUGAAACCUUUAGAUAAACAUGUUGUGUUUGUGUUGGACACCAGCGGAAGCAUGUACGAUCGUAAAAUGAACCAACUUAAAACCGCCAUGCACAAUAUUCUUGGAGAACUCAAUCCUAAAGAUUUGUUUAAUUUGGUCGAGUUUAAUACAAAUGUUAAGGUAUGGAAUUUAGAUGCACCGACAGAAAGCACAUUGUUUCCAAGUUCGGAAGAUAGUUGGUACAGUGGAGAUAAAAUAUUUGACUUGUCGGAUGUUUCUUUUCCGCCUGCGUAUCCAGUUAAUAAUAACACAAUUAAAAAGGCUAACAAAUAUGUUGAUCAGAUGUUUGCUACUGGUGGCACCAACAUUUACGAAGCACUUCGUGUUGGUUUACAUUUGGUUAAACUGAGGCAGACGAGAACCGGUGACAAGAAUGCUCAACCCUUAAUCGUUUUCCUCACUGACGGUGAUCCCACUGUAGGCAAGACAUCGCCAACGGAUAUUAUCAGCCAGAUCCAAGAACAAAAUCUUGCAAAGGUGCCAAUUAUUUCUUUAUCUUUUGGUACCGGUGCCGAUAGAUCAUUUUUGCAAAAACUUUCUUUGCGUAACACCGGCUUUGCUCGACACAUUUACGAAGACUCUGACGCCAGUCUUCAACUUGAAAACUUUUAUAAAGAAAUCUCAUCACCAUUACUACACAACAUCAAAUUUGUUUACACUCCUGAUGUGACCAGUCUAACACGCACCGAGUUUCCCAUUUUGUACGGCGGCGCCGAGAUUGUUGUCUGCGGUACCUUCCCCGGAAACGAAUUUAACAAAGAGGCUAGUAAGGUAGUGUCGUGGGGACGCAACGGACCUAUUGAUUUAUUGCCUUCUGUACAAAGGGCUACAGGUCAACUUGAAAGGCUAUGGGCUUACAUGACAAUUAAACGCUAUCUGGACGCCAAAGAUGUUGCAGUUGGCAAUACCACAGAGUAUGAAAAGAAAGCGCUUGAUUUGGCAAAAAAAUAUUCUUUUGUAACUCCCGUUACUUCGUUGGUUGUUGUAAAACCGAAUGCCACAUCUAAACCAGUAGAGACAGAAGCUGCCGAUCAGGCUAACUUCCCUGUUUCACAGUAUGCAUUGCAAUCAUUCCCUGCUGUUGGUCAUCGUAGCUUCAUUCUACCCUUAUCAGUGAAUGCGAUGCAACCGCAAUACUCACAUAGAAGUCAUUUUGUACCUAAAAAGCUUACUUCACGAAUACGUUUCUCAGGAGUGCCCGCACCAGCAAUGUUUUAUCCAGGACCAAUGUCAACAAAAACUGCUGGAGGUGGAUUCGGCGGUGGUGCUGUUGGGUUCGGCGGUGGAUAUGCGAGUGCAGGACCAGCAACACCUUUUAAUCAACAUGUUGAUUCUCAUCCCAUUGCAGAAGAGGAUGCUGAUAUUAGGGUGCUGAUAGCGGCGGAAUCAUCCACCAUCACGAUAUCAACUACAACCCAGGAAGCAGUGACCUUGCCUCCAGAACACGCCCAAAAGUUACCAUGGUUGCAAGAAAAGAUGAAUCCUGACGGCACUCUUAAUUUCUUGAAAGGCAAAUAUCAGCUUGGGUUCAAUGAAACGUCGCCAUUGGAUGAAGAUUGUACAGAUCCCAAGAGCGAAGAAGGAUUGUGCGUUCUUCUUAAGGAUUGUGAGGCUUUGUACCCCCAGCUAACUUCAACACAAACAUUCAAGGAUUAUUUCUGUAUUAUUGGUGAUAACCUUGCUGGAGUCUGCUGCUCGAAAAAAUACCGAUCAAUGGAGAAAGCGCCAGAACCAUAAUUUUUUAUUCAUGAUUACUAGUUGUAAGGAUAUAUUUUGGUAUUUAAAAUAAAGUUGUUUUGCAAA